GGAAAGACCUAUAAUAAUUAAAAUAAAAUAUAACAUUACGAAUUCUUCAUAAAUGUUCAUUACAGUUUCAUCAUACAUAGAGUUUCAUCGUGUUCGUGAGUAAUGAAAUGGUUGAUUGGCCCUCGAUUAAUAUGCAUGUACAGGGUGGUCCAGGUGGUAAAAUUAAAAAAUCCAAAUUUUUCGGCUCCUAGGAAGAAUUUUUUAAUUUUGGGGAGAGCUCAAAUGAAAGUUUAGAACGUAAGGAAUUAAUCGAGAUAAGUUCUAUUUAAAUAUUCUCCCUGGUUUCUUAGUCAUAAGAAUCUGAAGCAGAGGAAUUAGGAAGGCCAAGCAGAUCUAUAAAAAUGAAACAUAUAAAAAUGCAUAUAGAAGAAGAAGAAUUUGAAGAUGAUGAGCUUACUGAUGCAAAAAGUGAAGCUGGUGGAAAUGCCGGAUGGGCAGAUGCUAUGCAAAAAAUUCUACGGACAAAAAAGCCAAAACGUAGGAAAACAAUAGUUUUAUCAAAAGCAAAAAGGUUAUACGAUGUGAAAGAUGAAAAAGAUAAAGAAAAGUUGUCAUUUGAAAUUGAGAAAGAGAAAAGGGAAAUAAAAACAGAGGAAUUAGAAGGAGCAGAUGCUAAUGUUAAAAAACCACGAAUAAAAGAAAGGAGGAAAGAAAAAAGUUUAGGUAUUAGAGUAAAACCAAGCAUCACGGACAGAGAGCGUGAAAGGACAUUACAAAAGAUUGCUACAAAAGGUGUAGUACAACUAUUCAAUGCAGUUAAACAACAACAAGGUGAGAUUAACAAAAAAUUAUCAGAAGCUGGACCAUUAGAAAGAAAACGCGAUGAAGUAUUGAGAAAUAUCGAUAAGACUGUAUUCUUGGAUGUUCUUAUGGGAGGAAGUAAAAGUAUACCAGUAGAUAAUGAUGUAAAAAAUGAAACGCAAGAAAAUGGAAAGCAUAAAAAGAAGAAGGAGAAGGAAAUUUGGAAUGUGCUGAGAGAUGAUUUUGUAAUGGGAACGAAAUUGAAGGAUUGGGAUCGGGAAGACAUGGAUGAAGAUUCUUCGGCCCCUGAAGACGUAGAUAGUGACAAUUAAAUUGUAAAAAAAUAUAAAAUACCGAUACAUAUGUGAGAAAUGAUUCGUGCAAAAUUAAUUUAAAGGUAUGCUACUAUCACUCGUCGAUUCAUGAUGACGAUUAAAGAGUAUCCUUUAAUUAAAUUAUUACGAGUAAAAUUUUACCUCUAUUUUAA